GAAAAUUAGAAGUCAACAAUUGAUGGAAUUGCGUGAAAAAUAUAAGGAGAACGAACCAAGUUUGACAACGUUGUCUUUGGCGCAAACUUACGCCUCAAAUUUUACAGAUCAUAGGAAAACCUUGGAGGCAAAAAUGGAUAAACCGAAUUCGCCGGAACUACUUACAGCGGUCCACUCGCCUUCCUCCUUGAAGUAUAAAAAAUGUAAACCUUCGGACCAAGCAAAGACUAUUAACCGUUACGAAUCAACACAAUCUACACGAAAAUGUUCUAUUGGAGGUUCAGAAGACGAGAAAGAGAAAAAUUUCCUCGGAAUGUCUUGCACUAGGCGCUCCGUAACGAACGAUGACAAAGAAAAUGUAGAACAGGAGUCCAUAAAAAUUGGAAGUGAGGAAGAUUUAAUUAAAUCCGACAAAUUAAAAUGCCCGAAAGAAGUUAAUCCAAGCGAUAUUAAAAAGAAUUUGGCGUCUCCAUAUGAUGGUUUAAUUAAUGGGCAUUGCAUGACACCGGCGCAAGUCGAUAAAUUUCGCAAACUUAUGGAAAGGCAGAAAAAAGAUCUUACAAACGAACAAUGUAAAUGCUAUUUGUUAGAAGCCAUUCCCAGUAAUAAGUAUUCAGAGGGUCCAAAGAAAAGAAUGGAUUUGUUGCGAGAUGAUUCACCGACAAUAAACGAAAAACAUGCAGAGGGUACUGUAGAUACGACAGUAUUGCUAGAUGACUUUGUUAUAAAACGAAGAAAUACUCCAAUGAAACGAUCGCCGCCCCUAAUAAUCAUGAAGUCAUCCCGAAAUAAUCCAUCCAACGAUAGUUUUAAAUUCAAUAAGGAUGACAAUAUAUCGUAGGUUCUUUAAUAACUUGGUGCAAUUGUAACCUUUUCGUACACUCUCUUCGCUUAUUCCUUGAUAUUGAAAAAAAAAAAAUUAUUUUAAUAUAAUUUAUUGAAAUGUUUGUAUUUUAACCUCUUAAAUCUUCUUAACGAGGAAAUCGACUUAAAAUUACUAAACAUUUUCAUUUUAAUAAAAAAUUCAUUUUGCUUUCUUUGAUA